CUCAUGGCAUCGACUUCGAAAUCUGUCGAGAUCUGCUUUGUCAUGGACUGCACUGGAAGCAUGGCAAGUUGGAUCACGAGCUGCAAGGAGAAGGUCCUGCAGAUUGCUGCCAACAUCGAAGAGUUUGUGAGAUCUUGCAGCAAGAGAAGCACUGUCAAGAUGUCGUUUGUGGCAUAUCGCGAUUAUCUUGCGAGCGGCGGGUACGACAACCCAGGCAUCGCCGUCUGUGACUUCACGCAAGAGAUCUCGCACAUUCAAACGAUAGUGGGGAAUCAGACGGCAUCCGGAGGAAGCGACGGCCCGGAAGACAUCUGCGGGGGACUACAGCAGGCUUGCGGGCUGACGUGGCAGGAGAAUGCUCGGUACCUGUUUCUGAUAGCCGACGCGCCUUGCCAUGGGAGACAGUAUCAUGACUUGGAGGAUCACUUUCCAUCAGGAGACCCGGCAGGACAUGUAAUGGAGCAACAAGUCUUGCAGCUCGUCAAGCACCUUCAGUGUAAGGUUUACUUCAUCAAGAUCAACUCGUGCACAGACAAGAUG